UAAACGCCCCGUGAUAACAAAAAUAAACUAAACCCUAAAGUCGCGACUUCCACACUCUCUCCCCAACCUCAUCGGAAAUUUACCAUUGACGGUGCUUUGCGAGCUCUAAUCGCCCCGGAGAAGCCAACAGUCUAGGGUUUCGAAUUUCGACUAAAUUCAGUGGAUAUGCAGCUCACCCUUGAAUUCGGUGGUGGUUUAGAGCUUCUUUGUGAUUCUGUGAAGAUACAUAACAUAAAUGUUGCUCUUCAAAAUGGGAUUGAGAAGUUAACCAUGAAAGAUUUGCUCUCUUGGGUCCGUACCAAUUUGAUCAAGGAGAGACCUGAAAUGUUCAUGAAGGGAGAUUCCGUGAGGCCUGGUGUUUUAGUCCUCGUUAAUGAUUGUGACUGGGAGCUGAGUGGCCAACUUGAUACAACUCUGGAAGAGAAGGAUGUGGUUGUCUUUAUUUCUACCUUGCAUGGUGGAUAAUACCUAAACAAUUAGUAUACUUUUCCUUGGCUACUAGUCAUUGCUGUCACAAGGUUGACCAUACCAUAAAACAAACCCUGCCUUAUCGUUACAUGCAUCAGAUGGAGAGUUUUUGUGUUUCAGUACUCAUUAGUUUCUACAUGUCUUUGCUCGAUGAUUCUGUGCUUUUUUUUAUACCACAGACCAUAAGUACGAGUUAAAUGCAAAGUCAAGUACGAGUUAAAUGCAAAGUCAAGAGAGUACAUCUUUGUAACUUUUAGAGUGUGUUUGGAUUAAUGUAUAACUAGGAACUGCUUGGUAUUGUGUUGUGUUGCUGGUGAGGAAACUGAAACUGUUGGGAGUUUGGACUUUAACAGAAUUCAUACCUUGUGGA